AAAAGUUCGUUGCGUUCGGUUUUGGUGUAGAUUUUGUGUUUUAGACUGAUUGAAAAAUAUUGAUAAUCGGUGUGAAAAGUUAGAAGAAAGUGUGCAAAAUUGAACAAUGAGUAAAAACAAGCGCCGCUCGGGCGGAGCGGCCGAUCCUUCGCGGCAGCAGCAACAACCGCCGGCCGAGGCUAUGGAAGUGGACAUCGAUGCCGACGCCAAUCUGUCCGAGGAUGAGGAAGGAGGAACCCGUGUCGGAGGGAUUUACAUUCCGGCUCCAGUCCCGCCGUAUUGCUCGACGGAGUGCAAAGGACCCCGGUUGAUCAUAACGCAUAUUUCGAACUACAACUUCAAAAGCUACGCUGGGCAGGUCAUGCUGGGACCUUUCCAUCAGCGCUUUUCGGCCAUCAUUGGACCGAACGGUAGCGGCAAAAGUAACGUGAUCGAUUCGAUGCUCUUCGUGUUCGGUUACCGAGCGCAGAAGAUUCGCUCGAAGAAGUUAUCCGUCCUGUUGCACAGUUCAUCGUCGCAUCCCAAUACGAACAGCUGCACGGUCGGGGUGCAUUUUAAGAAGAUUAUUGACAGCGAAGACGGAUCGUUCGAGUCGGUUCCGAAUUCGGAAUUUGUCGUUUCCCGGACCGCAUUCAGGGACAAUACGUCGUACUAUACGAUCGAUAACAAGCGCGUGCAUUUUAAGGAGGUUUCAAAACUGCUGAAGCAGUAUGGAAUCGAUUUGGAUCACAAUCGGUUCCUGAUUCUGCAGGGUGAGGUGGAAUCGAUUUCGAUGAUGAAGCCGAAAGCGCUGACGGAGAAUGAAUGUGGGCUGUUGGAGUACUUGGAGGACAUAGUUGGGACGACGAGGUACAAACAGCCGCUGGUUAAAAUUAGCGGACGAGUGGAGAUGUUGAAUGAAGACCGAACGGAGAAGCACAAUCGUUGCAAGUUGGCCGAGCGCGAAAUGAAGGAUCUGGAGAAGCCAAUGCACGAAGCUGUUGAGUAUCUGAAGCUGGAGAAUUCUCUUACCAGAACGAACAAUCAGCAAAUUCAGAAGUACAUUAGCGAGCAGAAGAAGAAAAUCGCAGUGCUGGAGGUGGAACGUGGACAGGCUGAAGAAAUCCUGAAGAAGCACGAUAGCACGUUCGAAGCGCUGAAAAAGGAGCGCAUCGAAAAGGAGACACUGGUGAAGGAGGAAAUCAAACAGUACGAUGCCCUGGUCAAGAAGAAGGAUGACAAGGAGGCAGCUGUGAAGGCGUCUUUGGCCAAGUACACUAAGGUACAGGCGAACAUGAAGGCAACGAACGAGCGACGGAAGAAAACCAAGGAUCAAAUCGAGUCGGAAAAGAAGAAAUUGCUAGAUCUGAGGGCGAUUCCGGCGAGAAAUGCAAAGGAAAUAGCCGAAUCCGAAAAGAAGAUCGAAUCGCUCACCAAGCAGAAAACUGACAUCGAAGCGAAGUUGGCGGUAAAUUUGACCACCUUGAAGGACGAAACCAAAGUCCUGCUGGAGGAGAAGGAAAAGCUCCAAACGAAGCUGAUUGAUUUGAAGAAGGCCGUUGACGAUUCCAAGUCCGCUCUUUCGUUGGCCGAAUCUGAGCUAAACAUUUGCAAACACAAUGAAACGACCGAGAAACGAAAGCUGGAAACGUUAAAGUAUUCUUACGAUGAUUCCAACAAAUCGUUACAGGAGAAGCAAGCUCGCCUGCAGGAAUUGGAACAGAAUCUCCCACAGCUGCGAUCGGAACUGCAAACCGCCAAGGGGAAGCUACAGGUAAAUGUGACCGAAGAGAAGGACCUGCGCAACCAGCUGCGAACGGUUCAAGGCAAACUGCAGGAAUCGAUGCAGGCCAUGCAGGCCACCCGGUCGCAGGGAAAGGUCCUGGAUGCGCUGAUGAAGGCCAAAGCCGAAGGACACCUUCAGGGUAUUCUCGGGCGGUUGGGCAACUUGGGCGGAAUCGACUCGAAGUACGACGUGGCCAUCUCGACGUGCUGCGGUAAUUUGGAUUUCAUCGUAGUUGAGACGGUCAACGCGGCACAGGCGUGCAUUGAUUUUCUAAAAAAGUACGACAUCGGCCGGGCAUCGUUCAUCGCGCUGGAGAAGAUUCAGCAGUACCAGCAGCAGUGUCACAAUCGGAUUCAGACUCCCGAAGACGUGCCCCGACUGUUCGAUUUGGUCAGCGUCGAGGACGAACGUGUUCUGCCGGCGUUCUAUUUUGCCCUCCGUGACACGCUGGUGGCUGAUAGUCUCGAUCAGGGUCAGCGGAUCGCCUACGGUGCCAGGCGGUACCGUGUUGUUACGUUGAGUGGUGACGUCAUCGAAACAUCCGGUACCAUGUCCGGUGGUGGCCGUUCGAUGCAACGUGGCCGCAUGGGCACCAAAGUGCAAACCAAAACGUCCGCAUCGGAUACACCAAAGUCCAACAAAGAGUUGGAACACCUACAGGUCCGCGCUCAGGAGAUCCAAUCACAGAUCAACUUCCUCCAGGAACAGCAGGGAGAGCUGGAACAGCAAAUCCAGCGUGUGGCCUCUCAGCUGAAGCACGAGGAAAACGAAGCCAAGCGCCUGAAGAUGGACGUGACCAGCUUGGCUGAACAAUUACCGCGAUUGAAAGAUCAAGUUGAACGGCAGGAAGCGCGGGUGGCGCAGACGCAUUCUGAUCCGGAGAAAGUUAAAGCUUUGGAGGAGCAGGUGAAAGAUUGCAAAACAGAGCACAAGCGGACCAGUGAUGCAGCGUCUACCAUCCAAAGGCAGGUCGAUGAGUUAACGAGUAAGAUCACCGACAUUACCAACAACAUGGUGAAGGAUCUGCAGGCGAAGAUCAACAACAUGACGAAGCAAAUCGAUAAGCUGACGGCGAACAUUUCCAAACUGACGGUGGAGGUGAAGACAUCCGAAAGAAACGUAAAGAAAGCCGAGGACAAAAUCGCCAGCAUGGAGGAUGAAGUGCUCGCUGCGGAGAAAACGAUUCGAGCCGGCUGUGAGGAGCGCGAAGCACUGGAGAAGGAAGCGGACGACCUGAAACAGGAACUGGACGUACUGAAAGCGGACAUUGAAAAAGCGCACGAGGGAUCGUCCAGCAUUAAGAAGGAAAUUGCCGCCAUCCAGAAGAAGGAAGCCGCGGGCAAAAUGAAGCGGUUGGAGUUUGAGCAGAUUUUGCAGUCGAUCGAGAAGAAGCUGAACGACGUGAAGGACACGAUUCCGCACUGGAAGAAUAUGUUGAAACCCUUAAAAAUACACGAGAUUCCCGGCGAACCUGCCCCGGAACCGCUGAAGGACUACACCGAAGAAGAGCUGGACAGCUACAAACUUUCCGAUCUGCAGUAUCAAAUAGCCUACCUGGAAGAGAAGCUCAACUCCAGCAAACCGAAUCUCUCCGUCAUAGAGGAAUACCUGAAGAAGCAGGAAGCCUAUCUGCAGCGGGUGACCAUCCUGGAGGAAAUUACCGCCAAACGAAACGAAAUGCGUCAGCUGUACGAUGACGUGCGGAAGAAACGGUUCACGGAGUUUAUGCAGGGAUUCCACAUCAUUACGAAAAAGCUAAAGGAAAUGUACCGGAUGAUUACGCUGGGCGGUGACGCCGAACUCGAGCUGGUCGAUUCGAUGGAUCCCUUCAACGAGGGUAUUGUAUUCAGUGUUCGUCCUCCGAAAAAGUCGUGGAAAAUGAUCUCUAACUUGUCGGGAGGUGAGAAGACGCUUUCAUCGUUGGCGCUGGUGUUCGCCCUUCAUUACUACAAACCAUCUCCGUUGUACGUGAUGGACGAAAUUGAUGCGGCGUUGGAUUUCAAGAACGUUUCAAUCGUAGCAAAUUACAUUAAGGAACGAACUAAAAAUGCCCAGUUUGUCAUCAUUUCGUUGCGCUCCAACAUGUUCGAGCUGUCCGAUUACCUGGUCGGAAUCUACAAGGUAACCGAUUGUACAAAUUCGGUAACGAUGAAGAACGAUCCCCCGAAGUACCACUACGCCUCAACACAACAGCGGUCGCAGUCGUUCUUCAACCCGAACUUGAGUCUGCAAUCGGAUCCGGGAACCGACCAGUCGCUGCCCAAGGCUACAACUGAGGAUACGGUUCAGCAAUGCGACUCCCAGAAUGAGAAUGUUGAAAGUAAUGUCCCGGAGCCAACACCGGUCACCGCUGCGGCACCACAGCCGAUGGAGGUCUCGGUGGAAGCAAACUGACGCUAAGUAUUUGUAAAGAUUCCUUUCUAUGUUUGUAUUUAAUUUUUUUUCAUACAACAACACUGACUACCAUAUUACAUGUUGCUAGCUUUAGGGUGAACAUGUUCACAUUUCUACAAAUAAUAAC